AUGAAGCUCAUUGUACAAAAACCUGAAGCACUUACUUUUCUCAUUGAUUAGGAGGCAAAAACUUUCUAUUUUGGAAAAUUAGCCCUCAGCAAUAAAAUUUUUGGAUAUACUGUAUUUUAUUAUAUAAUCAAUGAAUAUGGCAAUGAGAUCUCCAACUAAUCUUAAUUUAAAUGGCUUGCAUACUUAUGCAUUUAUUUUAUAAAUUAAAUUAUAUUUUUAAUUCAAAUAUUUACAAAUCUGGAUUUGAAAGUUUAAAAAAUUUGCCGCAUUUAAUUUUUUUUUUAUUAAAACUAUCCCUUGCAUUUUUUUGCUGACUGACCAGGAGGAGCUAACAAAAUAACCUGCGCUUUUGUCAACACUAUCAAAAGAACAAGAAGAGAGACCCCGCUUGUGAGAGCUGUUAAGAGAACUAUAAAUCGUCGCCCAAGAAAAGAUAAACUUACAAACUUAACACAAUCUCAACAGCCAUUAGAUGAAAUGGAUUUAAUCAAAGAAGUUACAGUAAAAUUUAUUUUUAAUUUAUAUUUAACAAGUUUAUUAAAAAGUAAGAUUUAUUGUACCCCCACAAAAGAGAGUAGUUGAGGCAGAAAGUGACGCUCAAUUAAACACAGGAUGCACAGAGAAUGAUAUUAAUAGUCCAGAAUUUUCAGAAAAGGCAGCGGACAAAGAAGCAGACAAGGUUGAAGAUAAUGUAAAUGAAGAAACCCAGCCGCAAGAAGAAAUUCAAAAUGAGAACUGUGAAGAGGAUAUAAAAGAAAACUUGCAGCCUAAACAGGCUGAAGAAAGCUGAUCAGGAGAUAUUUACUAUACAGCUCCCUCUCCAUAUACUGAGAGUGAAGCUGAAUUUGAGCCAUUUCCAUUCCAGUUCUAG